AUGAAGAUCUACGCUGGCUGUAAGAGACUCUUCUCCGCUCUCGAGGAUGUGGUGGGUUCCGCCGCCGCUGUUACUCUCGACGUGAAGAAACGUAAGCCCUCAACUGCAUCUCUUGGAGCUCUCGAGGGGGCUGCACUCGGCGAGGGGAAGGCAGAUCAUUCAACUGCGUCUCUGGAAGCUAGUAAGGUUUCGCAAAAGCCAAGAAGCCUUCAUGAGGAUGAUUCCAAUGCCGAUAGGUCCUGCAUGAUUUCUCGACCCGCUCUUGUGAAUGUGCGCUCUCCUGAUACAAGCAGUAGGGCCUCGCCGCUGGGCUCGCCUUCGUACCGUGCGCCGACACCAAACGAUUCGAUGCCCGGACAAUCGCAUUCAUGGCUUCGAUCUGGCCGAGGAUCCGUGCGAGUCUUCUCGCACCCGCAGGUCUCUCCUCAAGCGUCGAUUGUUAGCCUGCCGUUGUCAGACUUCCAGCUAUCCGAGACAUCGACCUUCGCUGACACCGCGGCCUCUAGCCAAGUCACAGAAUCUGAGAAUUGGGACACUUUUUCGCCGGCACGCUCUUAUUCGAGUACGGGUACUCUACCUCCGGGCGUUCCUUCACCAGGAGCUCGAACUCCGCCACCAGAAGCUGUUGUCGGUCAGUCUCCACGUCGUCCAUGUCGCGUUAUUGAAAUCGCACCUCACCGUUAUCGGUACAAUGGGAGUCGUCGAGUCGAUGAGUGGUUCGGCGAAUGCUUCGAAUCGGACGGCUACGACUCGAAAGACAUCGAUGAUAUCUCCACCCCGCCUCGACAGUCCGCUCAAGGGUCCAGUCAAGACUCAGCUUCGGCUGUGUCGGUAGCCAGCUCUCCGGGCUUUGUUCUCCUUGGGGAUACCUCCCUUCAGUCCGCUAGAAGUGAGUGGAGACGCGAAUUCUGGCCAGUGGAGGUGAUGGUGCUGAUUGCCCAGUACAAUCCUGACGGAAUCAAGUUUCCUCGUGUGAGUAGCGGCCGCAGAAAUUGAGAAGGUUGCGGAUGUUACACUCGAUGCAGAGCUUCGACUUGCCUGAACGCGGCAUGCAGUCGCUUCUGCAACCUCGAGAAUUGCACCUUCAGAGGAGAUUGCGGUAACUCUCUCGAGGAGAGCCCAGUUCUUCAGAUCAGUCGCAAUGUGCGUACUGGUAUCAGAGGCGUCACAGCCUACGCUGCCAUUCCUGCUGGUGAAGUACUUGGAGAGUAUUUAGGCCAUCUCAAGUUG